AUUUAUUUUACUCCUGUGUAGGUUCAUGAGUCAAGAGUUUUUUUUUCUCUCACUUGGAGUGGGAGUACUAUCUAGGUUCGUGAGUAAUGGGGAAACCAAAGAGAAAGGUAAAGCCUGCUAAGUAUGAGGAAUCCGAGUCUGAGGAUUCUGACUUGGAGGAAGGAGAUGAUGACAUGGAUUCAGACUAUGAUCCAGAUGAGGCAAGUGUCCCUGGAGGAGGGAAAAAUGUUGAGUCAUUAGCAGCUGCACAACAGAGAAAUCUGCCCAAAGAGGAAGGUGGAGUUUCCAUUUUGAUAAAGACUGAAUCCAAGCCUACCCAGGGCACUGUGGACAUGUCUAGUCUGAAGAUGCAAGGAUUUGACCCGAGUGAAAAACUUCUCGCAUCCGGUUUGGUGAUGAAGAAAAAUGUACCACAGGGAUACGAUGUAAUCAAGAUGAAAUCAACCCCGAUGGAAGGGGCAUCCAUGUCUGAAUCAUUCCUCCGGCAAGCACUCAAGUAUCCCCAACAGGGUCCACUCCAUGGAGGACUGGAUGUUCUCAGCAUGCUUGCUCAGUCUGUGAACCGAGUUGGACAGGCUGGCAAUCCUGGAGGAAACGUCCUGGCACAAUUGCCCAGUGCACUUGGAAUGGCUAAUGGAAUGGGGUCCAUGGGAUACCCACAAUCGUAUGGAAUCGGUGUAUCGCCCAAUAAUUUCAUGCCUGGAUAUUAUGGACCAGAUGGCAACUUCUUGUUGGGAAAUGCCUUCCCAAAGUCUGGCUUCCCAGUGGGGGCAAGCUUUUCUGGGAUAAUGGCAGGUGCCAAGCCUCCAGGAGCAGAAGGAGAAGAGGAAGAUGAUGACGACGAAGAAGAGCUGGGACUUGCUGACACAUUUUCCGACUACAUGCCUUCCAAACUGAAAGUUGGAUCGAAGCACCCUGACCCAGUUGUGGAAACUGCCACUCUUGCCAGUGUGAAGCCACCUAAUGUGUGGUACAACUUGAAACUCCCAUCCUUUAUCAUGGAUAGAGAGCUUCUAUCUGCUCUGCAAUUGGAGGCCAUUGUCUAUGCCUGCCAGCAGCAUGAGCAGUACCUUGGUGAUGGAUGUAGGGCUGGAUAUCUCAUUGGGGAUGGCGCUGGUGUUGGGAAAGGUCGAACAAUAGCUGGGGUCAUCUAUGAGAACUGGCUCCAGGGGAGGAAUAAGGCCAUCUGGGUCUCAGUAUCCAGUGAUCUCAAGUAUGAUUCUGAGAGGGAUCUCAAAGACAUUCAGGCCAAGGAAGUCCAAGUCUAUCCCCUGAACAAGAUGAAGUAUGCCAAGAUAUAUGGGAAGGAGAAUGGUUUCAUCUCAGAGGGUGUUAUCUAUUCCACAUAUUCUGCUCUCAUUGGAGAAUCCCAGGGUACAGGAAAGUACAGAACAAGGCUCAAGCAGCUUCUUGACUGGUGUGGACCUGACUUUGAUGGAGUUCUUGUGUUUGAUGAAUGCCAUCGUGCCAAGAACUUGGUCCCAACAGGAUCCACAAAGCCCACAAAAACUGGUCUCACUGUUUUGGAGCUGCAACAGAAGCUACCUAAAGCUCGAGUUGUGUAUGCUUCGGCAACAGGGGCGUCGGAGCCUCGAAACAUGGCCUACAUGACGAGACUAGGUAUCUGGGGACCUGGAACUCCAUUCAGAGAGUUUGGAGACUUCAUUUCCUCUGUUGAGAAGAGGGGUGUUGGUGCGAUGGAGAUUGUGGCCAUGGACAUGAAGCUGCGAGGGACUUACAUUGCCAGGCAGCUCAGCUUCCAUGGAGUAAGCUUCAAAAUUGAGGAUGUUCCUCUUGCCCAAGACUUCAUUACUGCUUAUGAUGAGGCUGUGAAGUUGUGGGUGUAUGCAAGAGAGAAGUUUGAGGAAGCUGCCUGUCUUCUAGAUGCAGAUCGAAGUAUGCGAAAGACUAUGUGGAGCCAAUUUUGGGGUUCUCAUCAGCGCUUCUUCAAGUAUCUGUGCAUUGGUUCCAAGGUGAAGCAUGCAGUACGAUUAGCGAGGGAGGCUAUUAAGAUGGGAAAAUGUGUGGUGAUUGGACUUCAGUCAACAGGGGAAGCAAGGACACUAGAAGCCCUGGAGAAAGAGGAUGGAACACUCACAGAAUUCGUCUCUACAGCUAAGGCUGUAUUUCAGACAUUGGUGGAGAAGCAUUUUCCUGCUCCUGACCGUAAUCGCAUCGCCCGCCUCCUUGGAAUUGGAUUUGGUGGAAAGACUCAGCUUGAACAAAUCAUGGAGGAGACAGACCCUAAGGAUGGCUGUUCCUCCUCAUCAUCUUCCAAGCGCAAACCAAUGCGUCAGGCAGCAUCUCGUGCCAAACGGAUGAAGGAGAACUCAUCCUCGGACAGUGAUUCGGAGCGGAAUCGGAAUUCAGACUCGGACUUCACGUUAAGUGAUGGAGAGGCAAGCUCUUCGGUUGAGGAAGAAGAAGAUGAGGAGGACUCUUCGAGUUUUGAGGGAUCUGAUACCGAUGAGGAGGAGGAUACGGGGAUCUGGGUGGCAACAGGGAAGAAGCGAGGCCGAGGUCGACCCCCCAAAAAGAAGCCAAAGCCAACUGCAAAGGCAAAUGGGAAGGGAGAGGUAAAGGUCGAAAAGGUACCCCCUCCUUCCAAGGAUGUUGUGGAGCGUACAUGUCAGCUCAAGGAUGAUUUGCUGAAGAAGAUUGAAGAUCUCGGUGAUCGGCUUCCUCCCAACACGCUUGAUCAACUUAUUGAUGAACUGGGUGGACCUGAAAAUGUUGCUGAGAUGACCGGAAGGAAAGGUCGGGUGAUAGCUGAUGAAGGCGGAAAGGUCCGGUACGAGAGUCGGUCUGAAGAAGACAUACCUCUGGAACAGCUGAACCUGCGAGAAAAGGCCAGAUUCAUGGAUAAUGUUAAGGAUGUGGCCAUCAUCUCAGAGGCAGCCAGCAGUGGGAUCUCUCUUCAGAGUGACAAGAGGGUCAAAAACCAGCGGAGACGAGUUCACAUCACCCUUGAACUGCCUUGGAGUGCUGAUCGUGCCAUCCAGCAGUUUGGUCGAACUCAUCGAAGCAAUCAAGCAAAUGCCCCUGAGUAUGUGUUCCUCAUCUCAAACCUGGCUGGAGAGAGCCGGUUUGCUUCUAUUGUUGCCAAGCGACUUGAAAGCCUUGGAGCUUUGACACAUGGAGACCGGAGGGCAACUGAGACCCGAGAUCUCUCUCGCUUCAACAUUGACAACAAGUAUGGACGGGCUGCCCUAGAAGCAACCAUGAAAACUAUCAUGGGCUAUGAAUUCCCAAUUGUCAAGCCUCCUGAAGACUACCAGGGUGACUUCCUCAAAGAUGUCCAAAUUGGGAUGAUUGGUGUUGGGCUAAUCAUUAGUGAGGGCGGGGUCCCUGCCCUUGAUAAAGACUUCAACAACAUCAGCAAAUUUCUCAACAGGAUACUGGGUCUCCCUGUGGAGUUGCAAAAUCGCCUAUUUCAGUAUUUCACAGACACAUUGAAUGCAAUCGUGUCACAGGCCAAGAAAGCCGGUCGCUACGAUCUUGGAAUCCUUGAUCUAGGGACAUCAGGUGAUACAGUGAGACAGAUCGGGGUAGAAAAGUUCGAGGUGAGGCAUGCAACAGGUAAGGCAUGGGUUGAGCUGCAUAAGAUGCAGGUGGAACGAGGAAUGAGCUGGGAAGAGGCUGAGGAACGGCAGUCCACUCUCUCAGAGAAGGAUGAGGGCUUUUACCUCUCCAAUCAGGUGCGAAACAACAAGACAACAGCCAUUCUGGCUGUGCUUAGCAGUGGGGCAGGGAAGACUAAGCACAAGAAUGAGCGGUACUUCACCAUUUACAGACCCAAUACAGGUCGACAGAUGAAGCAAGAGCUCUUUGGAGAGUUGAUAAAAAAAUACCGAAAGGCAAAGCCAAAAGAAGCCAAGCCUCAUUGGAAUGAGCAGUAUGAGGCUUCCAUUACAGUCUGCUCCCAUGCCUAUUGGAAUGGGAACUGCAGGCGGAAGAUCGUAGGAUGGGAUUGCGAUGUGGGUCUCCGUUCUCGUGUCUAUCACAUUCUAUGUGGGGCAGUGCUCAAUGUGUGGACUAAGGUGGAAGCUGUGACCCAGGCUCACUCUGCUUCCUCACGUGUCGUCAAGAUGCAGGUCGUCCGCCUCCGCACAGAGGAUGGCACCAAGAUUGUUGGGACAAUUAUUCCAAACACAAGUGUGGAGCAUUUAAAGGAAGUUUUGAAGAAGCACUGUGAGGAGCAGGAGUUGGUACAAGCCAGAGAGAGGCUGCCAGUCAAGCAGGAAGACUCAGACGAUUUUUGACGGGUCUGCAUGCAUACCUUGAUGCUCUCACCACUCCUACAUGAUCUCGGUUCCCCCCCCCCCCCUUUUUUUUAUCUU